AUGUCGGUUCCAGAACAUGAGCUUCGCCCUGCGGAGCUAGUGACGGAUCAUCUCGAGACCCCUUCUCUGGAUGAUCGGACCUACCGCGUCAUCCGCCUUCCGAACCAGCUAGAGGCCCUUCUCGUUCACGAUGCCGAGGCCGAUAAGGCCAGUGCUGCUAUGGACGUCAAUGUUGGAAACUUCAGCGACGAGGUGGACAUGCCGGGUAUGGCACACGCUGUUGAGCAUCUGUUAUUUAUGGGUACCAAGAAGUAUCCCGAGGAAAAUGCCUACAAUCAGUACUUGUCGGCGCACUCUGGUACUUCGAAUGCGUACACUGCCUCGACAUCUACCAACUACUACUUCGAGAUAGCCGGUCGGCCCAGUGACGACAGUGAGCCAUCGGCGACCAACCCGUCCCCGUUGAAGGGCGCUCUUGAUCGCUUUGCUCAGUUCUUCGUAGAGCCCUUGUUCCUCGAAUCAACCCUGGACCGGGAACUCAGGGCCGUGGACUCCGAGAACAAGAAGAACCUUCAGAGCGACACAUGGCGACUUCACCAGCUUGAGAAGUCCUUGUCAAACCCUGCGCAUCCCUACUGUCAUUUUUCUACAGGCAACCUUGAGAUCCUCAAAAUCGAGCCCGAGGCACGAGGAGUCAACGUGAGGCAGAAAUUCAUCGACUUUUACGAUAGUCAUUAUUCUGCUAAUCGUAUGAAAUUGGUUGUUUUGGGCCGGGAGCCACUGGACGUCCUCGAGUCUUGGGUAGUGGAGUACUUCUCGCACAUCCAGGACAAGAACCUCAAGCCCAACCGCUGGCCCGACGCUGCACCCCUGGGCCCUGAGCAGCUGGGAUUGCAGGUCUUCGCAAAGCCAGUCAUGGACUCGAGGGAGCUCGGCCUCUCUUUCCCAUUCCUCGACGAGGAUGAGCUUUUCGAAUCCCUCCCAAGCAGGUACAUAAGCCACCUCAUAGGGCACGAGGGCCCAGGAAGUAUCAUGUCCUACAUCAAAUCCAAGGGUUGGGCGAAUGGGCUCAGCGCUGGCGCCUAUCCAGUGUGUCCUGGUUCGCCCGGGAUUUUUGACUGCCAAGUACGGCUGACAGAGGAGGGGCUGAAAAACUACAAGGAAAUUGUAAAGGUUUUCUUUCAAUACGUUGCUCUCUUGCGAGAGACGCCACCUCAGGAAUGGAUAUUCGAAGAGCAGAGAGGCAUGGCCGAUGUGGACUUCAAGUUCAAGCAAAAGACACCUGCAAGUCGUUUUACGAGCAAGAUCAGCUCCGUCAUGCAACGUCCUCUGCCCCGAGAGUGGCUUCUGAGCGGUUCUAGUCGGCUGAGAAAGUUUGACCCAGAACUCAUUCGGCAAGGAAUGGACUACCUACGACCCGAAAACCUGAGGAUGUCGAUCAUUUCCCGUGACGUCCCUGGACAAUGGGAGAAGAAAGAGAAGUGGUAUGGGACCGAGUACACGUGCGAGAAAGUUCCCAAUGAUUUCAUGGAGGAGAUCAGGCAAGCUGCGUCGAGCAGCCCUGCGGACCGCGUCUCAAAGCUGCACCUGCCACACAAGAAUCAGUUCAUACCGACCAAGCUCGAAGUCGAAAAGAAGGAGGUCAAAGAGCCCGCUGUGGCACCCACCAUGAUCAGGAACGACGGUCUGGCGCGUACAUGGUACAAGAAGGAUGACAGAUUCUGGGUUCCUAAGGCAAACCUCCUUGUCAGCUGCAGGAGCCCCAUCAUCUUUGCAUCGGCGGAGAACUCUGUCAAGGCUCGGUUCUUCACCGACCUCGUUAGGGACGCGCUUGAGGAGUAUUCUUACGAUGCUGAUCUAGCUGGCCUGCAGUAUUCUGUGUCCCUGGACGCCCGAGGGCUUGUCAUCGAGGUUAGCGGUUACAACGACAAGCUUUCAGUCCUUCUGGAACAGGUCCUCAAGACGAUGCGAGACUUGGACAUCAAAGAGGAUCGGUUCGCCAUCAUCAAAGAGCGCCUGAGCAGAGCGUAUCGGAAUUGGGCCUUCCAGCAGCCGUUCCACCAGGUCGGAGAAUACACUACCUGGCUGAACACCGAGCACGACUUCCUGGUUGAGCACUACAACGCUGAGCUGGACACGAUCACUUGCGACGCGACGAGGGCUUUCCAGAAAGAAUUGCUAUCGCAGAUGCACAUGGAGGUUGUAGUCCAUGGAAAUCUGUAUAAGGAGGACGCACUCAGGCUCACGGACAUGCUGGAGCAGACGCUCAAGACCCGUUCGUUGCCGAGCUCGCAGUGGCCCAUUUGGAGAUCCUUCCUGUUCCCACCUGGCUCGAACUAUGUCUACAAGAAGACUUUGGGGGAUCCUGCCAAUGUGAACCACUGCAUCGAGUACUGGCUUUACGUCGGGCAGAAGGAUGAGCGAAUGGCCCGGGCCAAGGUUCUCCUGCUGGACCAGAUCCUCCACGAACCAGCCUUUGACCAGCUUCGGACUAAGGAGCAGUUGGGCUACGUAGUGUUCAGUGGCAUCAAGACCAGCGCAACGACACUGGGCUUCCGGUUCCUUAUCCAGAGCGAGAAGACCGCGCAGUAUCUGGAGACCAGAAUCGAGAAUUUCUUGAGCAACUAUGCCCAGACGCUGGAGAAGAUGAGCGAUGCCGACCUCGAGGGCCACAAGCGCAGCCUAAGCAUCAAGCUGCUCGAGAAGCUGAAGAACCUUGACCAGGAGACCAACCGGAUCUGGGGCCAGAUUUCCACCGAGUACUACGACUUUGAGCUCUCAAGCAAGACAGCAGAGCUCGUCAAGGAGCUGACCAAGCAGGACAUGAUUGACUUCUUUAAGAAACACAUCAACCCUGCGUCGCCCGAGAGGGCCAAGAUCUCGGUGUGGAUGAUCGCGCAGGCCACCAGCGACGUGUCCACCAAGCAGAUCUCAGAGCUGGUCAAGGCGCUGGAGCUCAACUCCCCCGAGAGGGAGGCCGAGGCGGCGACAGACCUCCAGGCCAGGCUGAGCGCGGCGGAGCACGACGAGGCCAAGGAGAUCGAGGGCCUCAAGGAGUACCUGCUGCACGACCUGAAGGUGGCCGAAGACAAGAUCGACGCGGCGGUCGAGGCGUGGAAGAAGCUACAUUCCAAGACGAACGGGGUGGUGGGACACCAGGACGAGGACCCGCCUUCGCUGAACGGAACCAAGAUCUGCUUCAUCGAGGACCCGAGAGACUUCAAGGCGCGACUGCCUGUGAGCGCCGGGGCGAGCUCUGUCAAGGACCUGACGGAGUACGAGGAGUUGGACCCGAAGCUGUGA